AUGGAUUUGAGUCAGGAAACCAAGGACAACAAGGCGUCCCCGAGCGGUGAGGCUCCCGACGACGACAAGGAGCUGCAGAAGCAGCGCGCCGGCAGCAGCGGCGGCGGCGAUGACAACGACGACGACGAGGGAACAAGGCAGCCGUACAAGUGCACCUUCUGCAGGAGGGGGUUCCCGACGGCGCAGGCGCUCGGCGGCCACAUGAACGUCCACCGCAGGCACAGGGGGAGACCCACCACCGGCGCCGCAGCGGUGCAAGGAAUUACCAGCAGCAGCAGAAGCGGUUGCUACGAGCAGCAGCAGCAGCCACAACCUGAUCAAAAGGGAAGCUCGCUCGUCUAUGGAUUGCUAUUUUACUUUUUAAGUGCUCAUCAAUAA